CUUUGCACGGAGCCGGCCCUGUCUGUUGUGGUGACCGGGUGAGCUCCGCGCUCGCCCCGCCCUGCACGGCCAAGACGCGAGGGCUUCUGCAAACGUCGAGGAGCGCCAGCGCGUUGGGCUCCGCCGGCAGCGCUCGCUCGCGGGCCAGCAGCAUGCACGCCGGGACUGAGGACACCGUACUGCGGCAGCUGACCGAGGCCUUCGGCAACCGGAAGUACUUCCUCAUCUCGGCAGGCGUGACUUUCCUGCUGAUGCUCGCCGCCUUGGUGACCGCCUCGAAGCACCUGAAUAACGUGCGCAAUCAGGCGGUAGACCCCCGGCGCCGGGUACCGUAUCGGCUCAAGCAGAUCAACAGUCAACCCACGGCAGAGGGCCUGAUGCAGGACCUUGCCCAUUUUAAUGAGGUUCUCGGACCGCGCUCCAAGGCAGGCCACAAGACUUCGACGGAGCCGUCCGCCUGCAGCCACCCGGACUGCCGCUGGGUGUCGCUCUACCUGACUAACCGCGUGCAGAACCCGGUGGACCCAUGCACGGAUCUGUACGGACACGCGUGUGACCACCAGUGGCGCGGUGGUGGCGAGUACCCUUUCGGGCCCCGCUCCUUCCGCCAGCUGGCCGUGGGAACCAUGGUGGCCAACCUGCACAGCUACUUCAACCGAACCUCGAAGCAGAACUUCCAGGACGAGCUCAAGGGACGCUUCCUGCAUCAGUUCUCAAACCUGUACCUGGACUGCAUCAUCGAGUACAAGGGCAAGAACGAGCGCGAGAGCCUCCAGGAUACGCUGCGAGACUUCCACAUCCACGAGACAAACCACGACGAGAACCUGACUAGCCUGCUGGGCUCUCUGGACCGGGAGUUGCGUGUGUUCCCUUUCGUGAUUGUCUCUCUGGUGCCCGACACGCUGCGUGUGGCCGUUACGCCGUCCACCACGCUACUUAAACGGUACUUCCUGUCGGCGGAGCGGCCCACGGACGGCGAUUACACACGGAUCGUGGCGCGUGCCCUGGCACUACUAAAGCCGGACAUGGACGUCCGAAAGCACGCGCAGAACGUGCACGAUUUGGAGCGCAAGCUGGAGAGCUCCAUCGCUGGCCUCAUGCGAGCCCAGAAGCAGCAGGCCGUUCCGGUGCUUGUUCAGAACACGUGGGAGGAGUACCACUCUUUCUGGAAGUGGGACGAGUACUUCACCACAUUGAUGAUUGAGCGCAGGGAUUUCCGAAUGUCUCAUUUGCUCGUCAAGCCGCCCGACCUUCUUCAUCGGCUGUCCACCGUCAUCGGUGAGACCGACACACGCACCCUCUUCGAUUACAUUCGCUACCGGUUCGUUGCGUUCGUCGCCCCAUUUCUCUCCGAGGACUUCGAAUUCCUGCUUCCACUCGGCCACGCGUACCACCAGGCCAAAGUACCCGCCAGGUCCCUGGCCUGCCUUCAUUCCAUGGAGAAAAUCUACCCUUACGCCAUGUGGGUGCUGGCGUCCACUGCCAACCAGGAGAGCGUCGAGGCAGCCACCUGGAAGGAGCAACAAAAAACCGUGCGCGCGCUUACGGCCGCCUGCAAGAGAGUCUUGAGAGACCACAUUGCUGAAGAGGACUGGAUGAUGCCCGCCGAACUCGAGAAUACCAUCUCGAAGCUCAACGAGAUGACCGUCCUCACCGAGCAUGACCUUGAGCAGGAGAUGACAACGUUGGUUCGCUACCACUCCAGACUAGCCGUACCGCUCGCCAGCCAGUCUCCGUUUCAGGCGUUCCUGACGUUACAGCAGUCGAGUAGCCAACUGUAUUGGUUGUCAGCCGACGAAAGCGUCGAUAUGGACACGAGAGUCGCAGCGAGCAGCCUUGUGCCGGGAUACGAGUACCGUGAGUCCAACAAGAGUGUGUGGGUCGCCCCGGCAAGCAUGGCGCUUUUGACAGCCCUCAACGUAGCUCCCGUUUUUCUCAUGCCGUCAGUGCUCCCUUAUAUCAUCAUGGGACUGGCAACGCCGAUCUAUUCGGCAGUGGCGAUGCGCGGUUACCUGAGGCAUCGCGAGACCAACACGAAAUUGGCCAAGACGAGGUUGUGCCUAUUCGAGCAGUACUACGCCGGUAUGACGGACCUCGUCAAAGAGGACGUGGCACUUGAUGCUGCUCAGAGCAAAUUCGUCGAGUUCGGCACACUUGUGGCGCUGUUGUACGACGUGUUCCAGAUAUACAAGAACGUGACGACUUCGAUGACAGUCGGCGCAGCCAGUGCGACGGAUAAUUCGACGAACACGGCACUCGACCAGAUGUUUUUGACCGCCUGGGCGUUGACCCAGUGCGACGAGAUGGCACCCACGUUUCAGGAACAGGCAACAACGAUGUUUCAGGCAGCCCGUGAGCUUGUUGCAGCUCAUGCAAGCGCGAGGGAGCAGACGAUGAUACGUUUCAUGGAGGUGCCCCCGCGGCUACUCGUGGACAUUUCGGUGCAGAACUUCAGAAAGUUCGGCAGUAUCUUUGAUUGUCCAGUUGGCAGUGCCAUGAACCCUGUCUUACGUUGCAAGAUCUUAUGACGGCCUGUUCCACGUGGCAGUGAGAAAUGGACGAAGUCGGCCGAUGAAAACAUGAGCAGAUGAGGACAUUGUUAGUCAUUUUGUCUUGUGCAGUGCUCUAUUUCCUUUUCGACGUCAUCUGCAGUUGCCUCAUAAAGUUGUUCUGCUGUGA